UCUAUAAAUAUACAUUAACAUAAUUUAAAGUUAUAUUAAGCGCAAAGGACGCCAAACAAGAUAAAAACUAUUGAAAAAUCAUAACUAAAGUGGGGAAUUUAAACAAAAUCCCAGUGAAACUGCUAAGAAUAAAUAUUGCUACGUCUAAUCUCGAAAAAAAGGAAAAAAUCUGUGCAAGUAGAAAAAGUCAACGAUUGAUCAUUCUGUAAAGAAAAGUAAAAAAGAAUUGAUUUCUCCAUAUUUCUGUUAAUAAAAAAAAACAAAACAUAUUAAUGCAUGUUCCAGAAAAAAAUUCAAAACGUCUAACAAAAAAGUUCUUCGUAAUUCCAACAAUGGACAACUCCCAAAGUUCUGGAGGCUCGAACGUAUCCGGCGAUAGUAUUGGUGGUAACGGGGUUACUCCGCCAAACGGACGGAGCGGUGCCGAUUCAAAUGGCGUAUCAUCGCGUAGAGGUUUAACAUCGGAGGUUAAGGAAAUCUAUCGCUCACUCUACAUUGUCGUGAAGCAACUGGAUGAUGAAAAGAAGCAAAUUUCUACUGUACCACAAUUAUUUCAAAACGAUUUGGAGCAGAAGCGCUCCCAAUUGGUGCAGCUGUGCAAGCACUUGAUUUUUAAAGAUUAUCUAUCGGUGGGCAAAAAAGCUCGUGAGAUUAUGUGGCAUAAGGGUUAUUAUGAAUUCAUUGCCUACGUUAAAAAGAAUUGGUCUAAAGAAUUGAGCGAUACCAAUCAGCCGGGUGUUGCGGAUAAUAUACAAAAAUUAGAAAAAUUCCUUUGCGCUGGUAUAUUGAAUUAUAAACGUAUAGCUGCCCGCAUGGAAGAAAUAUAUGAUUUGGACUUAAAAUACCUAAUUGAUUUCUCCAUUAUCAAUGAGGGUUACAUUAAAGAAAUGCCACACCACCAUCAUUUUAAGGAUAGGGAAGCCCGUGGUGACGGAUGUGAAAUAGAGGAGUUUAAUAGUUACGCGCUGGAUAAGAGUGUGGAAGCGGUAUCCUUUGCUUUGGACACUAUACACUCCUGUCUAUUAAGUUUAGGCGAUCUACACCGUUAUUUUCUUGAUUUUCGUAUCGACAGUAAAUUAAAAAUUACAAAACAGCAGGCGGCUAAAUACUAUUUUGAAGCUUUCAAAUUAAAUCCAGCCAUCGGCAUGGCCCAAAAUCAAUUGGGCACUUUGUAUUACGGUCAGAAUUAUGAUUUGGACUCCACAUAUCAUUAUCUUUACUCUUUGGUUAGUUUGAUCCCCUUCGAAUUAAGUGAGAAUAAUGUUUGCAAAUUGUUCGCAUCUCACGCCGAAUACCUAGAGAAACUAGACGCCGAAAAAAUAGCUUUCAGCCUACAAGAUUUUUAUGCUCGCUUUUACCUGAUAGUAGAUAUAUUCUUUUUCGACAAAGAAGUACCCGAUUUUAAUCCACUAUGCCAUUGCGUUUUGGUGGAUCUUCGUAAAGUGUUGUGCUCGAAAAAUUUCAAUAUUGACGAUUCGUCCAUCUUUAAAAUUGUUUCCAUUCUAUUCUUUUGCUUGUCAAAAUUGAAAAUGAUUAAUUCUCAAAAAGUUUAUUCGCUUAAUGCGUUUCUGGUGGCUGUCUGCUCGGAUCUAAUGGAUGCUUGUAUUGUUAACUUGGAACAAUUGAUCCUGGCCAAGACUGCGGAAAAUGAAGAAUUCCAUUCAAUGUAUGUCAAAAAGUUUGAAGAGUUCGAUAUGAUGGUGCGGAAAUCACGCAAUGAGUACAAGAAUUGGUUAGCUUCUACGGGAGAAAACGAGCGACGCGAAAAAAAGUUAGCUUAUACUAAUAAGUUUUUACAAAAAGAUUUUUCUUCGGAUUCACGCGAUUCGCAACGCUCUCGUGAGGAUUAUAUAUGCAAAACUCAAGAUAACAACAAAGGAGUCCACAAAGAAGAUCAUCAUAUUCAUAAAAACGACGGUGACCCUAUAUCGACACGUUCCUCCGACGAGGCGAAGGAAAGUGAUCUCAAAACUCCACUUUCAUGUAAAAGCAAAAAACGGGGCAUGAAACUUCGUCGUCGCCGACGUAAAAUUGCUCAAUCUGAUGAUAGUUCAUGUUAUGACACGGAAUCCGACAUGGAUACAGACUUCUCUACAGAUGAUGAAGACUACACAGAUUUAAGCUCGAAUUUCGAUACAGAUUUCAGCGAUAUAGAAGCAGCAGAACCAGAACAAGAGCAGGAAGCUGAAGACGAAGUUGUCAACAAUCAUAAGCAUAACAAUUUGCGUCAUUCUUCUCGUGUCGCUUCCAAGGAGAGUGUUAAUUCGCGUGAUGGCGUGGAUGAGGGACCGAGUUUUUCGGACAACGAAGACAUAGUCAUCGAGGAAGAGAACAUUAUCUAUCCUGAAGAAAACGCCGACAAACUUGUAAAACUGCCUUCUGAUCGCACGAAUUCGCAAGAUGUCGAUUCAGAAGAGUUGCUUAAAAGUUUUGAAAUUUUACAACUACAUAGCAAUAAUACCGCUUUAAAUUUCACUACCAGUGAACCCGAAGAUUUGGCUAAUAAAACGGAAGAGAAGUUCUCCCAUAACCAAACCGAACCCCCUAAGAAAAUGGUUUAUCGCAAUAAGUAUACUAAAAUCAAUCCCAAUAUCAUCGUGGAAUUCGCCCAAGCCGAGCCUACAAUGAGAGCUUUGAAAAUUUUGUUCGAUUGGUUGCGCAUAAACCAUGAAAUACUAUUCGGUUGUUAUCGCUCCAAUCCCGAAUUUAUACACAAGAUUAUGAAACUUUUGAACUAUUGCAAUAUUGAUAUUUUUACACGCAAGGUCUACUUCGAACGUGAAUUCUUAAUCAUAGACAAUGUGCGUAGAAAUCUAUCGGAACUGUUUGAUGUGCGUGCCAAUGUCCCACUAUCGGAGGAUUUUGUCUUCAAGACUUUUGAUAUCUUUCAAAGUACUCAAAUAACUUUAGAUUGGGAGACGACCAUAAGGGAAAGAGUUACUUCAGAAGAGGAGUCCAUAUUACGCAUUUUCAAAAUGGUGGAUUUCGGUUUCUUUAUAUGCAAGCAGCAGAAGUUCAACUAUCGCUUUUGUGUCAAAACCAGACGUUUUACUGAGAACCCUAAAAAGAAAAGGGAAGAAAAGAAAUCGUCACGCAGACGUGAGAGACGCACUGCUAAAAAUGCAGCACGCAAAAGAGCUGAGGGUCGCACACGCCGCUAUUCAGAUCGAAAGAAUGGAAUAGUACGUAAGAGUUACACUAGCAACGAAGAAAAGGACACUGUAGAGGAGUGCAAAAAGCUGCCGCGCAAAGGUUAUUUGCGUAAUCGAAACUCUGAAAAAUCUGCAACAGCAACGGGGGCUUCUAAUGCAGGUGGCACAUCAGCUUCUACCACUACUAACAGCGCAAUAUGUGAGAAAAUUCAAUCUAGCAGCGGAGCUGACGAGGAACGCUCUGAAGCCAUGACAAAAAAAUGUGAAAUUAUGGGAAAAUUGUGGUUGAAGAACGAAGUGGAAACUCUGGAGGAAGAACUACGUAAAAAUCCUUUGAGCAUUGUUAUGACUCCCUUUUUAGUGGUAGAUGCUAAAGCCUUAACUGAGUACAAUGGUAUCGUAAAAAAUUUGCUAAAAAGUAAAAAAUUCAUUGUACUAAUACCGAAUGCAGUCUUCAAUGAACUCGAUGAUUUGAAGAAACGUAGCGAAAAUGCUCGCAACGUCAUCCGUUGGUUAGAACAAGAAUUUAAACAUGGUAAUCGUCACAUGCGAGCUCAACGGGACAAUGAAAAUUUAACAUUUUCUCUUAUCAAAAUCCCUAGAAAAUUGGACCGUGAAGCUUCAGUUUUUUUGCAAAUUGCACAAUUCUGUAACCAUUUGGUGGCCAACCAUUCGGAUCCGAAUGCCAGUAAUGAAUUUCAAUGCAAUGUUGUUACUUAUUUGUCUGGCGAUUACUUGCACGAGAAAAAUCGUCAUCAGAAUAAUUUCAGUUUUACGGGCAUUUUAGAUGCCAUACCGGUGCGUCAUGAUCAAAUUGCAAAUUUUUACGCGAAAUUUAAGGUAAAUAAAAAAUGAGGUGCCCGACAGAGCAGGAGAAAUGCCUGCAUGGAGUCAAUCGUGUAUUCUGUCGUACGUAAAUGUGAAAUGUCACCAAUGUCAACAACAACAGUUAAAACAUAAUAUCUUUUAAAACAACAUAAAACAACAAAAAAGUCUAAAACAACCAAUAACAAAAGCAGCAGCAAUUGUUAGAAUGUGGAUUAGCAAAUUUAAUACCAACCAAAAAACAAGAAGCAGAAAAAAAAUCCGAAGGUUAAUGCGAUGCUGAUCGAUUUAUUUCUAGCAAAACGCAAAGCUAAGUAAAUAAAAUAUUAAACGGUUUUUAGAUUCAUUAAAGAAGUGAAGAAAAAGAGGCGAAAACGAGCAAUUCUGAGGUGAAUUUGGAGUAGCAGCUUUGAUGGACGGACAAGGGAGAUUAGUAUGAGGAAGAACUUUACUAAAAAAAAAAAAAAAGAAAAAAAAAGAAAGGAAUUUGAAUAAUUUUAAAA